AUGGAGUGUCAGUCCGAGAGAGAGAUCAGCCCUCCGAAGUCAGACAGGAGGUUCCCGCUGACUUACAUCGGUUGGUCCUCGCUGGACAGGAGGACCACGUUACCCAUGCUGCCGUGGCUCGUGGCUGAGAUCCGGAGGAGAAGCGAGAAGGGCGACUGUGGCCCCGCGGUGCAGCCCAGAGAAGUUCAGCUGGUCCUCAACGCCCCCUUCGUCCGAUGCGUCCCCUCCAACAGCAACAACUGCUCCGUCUUCAUAUUCGAGCACAAAGCGCAGCUCAUCUCUCGCUUCCUGCACAACAGCAAUGACCUCACCUAUUUUGCCUAUCUCCUGAAGGGGCAGCCGGACAACCCCGAGUCAGAGAUGUCCUGUCACGUCUUUAAGGCUAAUGACCCCAACCAGGUUCCUGAGGUGAUCAGCAGUAUUCGCCAAGUGUCCAAAUCCGCCCUAAAGGAAGACACCAAGCCUAAACAGGAAGCUGACGAGGCCUUCUACAACUCCCAGAAGUUUGAAGUGCUUUAUUGUGGCAAGGUGACUGUCGGGCAUAAAAAGGCUUCGUCCACCCUCAUUGAUGACUGUAUCGAUAAGUUUCGCCAGCAUGAGCUCGAGCGUAAGCGCCUGCGCCUGCUCAACGGCCAGCGGGGGUCCACGGAAAAUGCCUCUGUGGAGUUCAUCGUGGGAGGAGAUGGAGAUCCACUCUCCUCUGUUCUGAGUAAGAGUUUAGAAGACCCGGAAAGCCCUGGACUGGAGGACCUGAGCGGAGGUAAAGACCUGUCCAUCAGUGCCAGUCAGAGCAGCUUGAGAGGAGCAUUCCCAGAGUGCAUCCUGGAGGAUUCCGGAUUUGAGGAGCCGCAGGAGUUUCGUACCCGCUGCAGCAGCCUGGCGGGGAGUCUGCAGAGGAAGCCUGGGGAAGGUGUCAUAAUGGCUCCCACACGCCGCAGACACUCCAGCGCGCCAAACAACGUCCAGCCAUCUGAUACAGACAAGAACCGCACCAUGCUCUUCCAGGUUGGCCGUUUUGAAAUAAACCUCAUAAGCCCAGACAGUAAAACAGUGGUGCUGGAGAAGAACUUCAAAGAUAUCUCAUCUUGCUGUCAGGGUAUCAAGCAGACUGACCAUUUUGGAUUCAUCUGUCGGGACCCAUCAGAGUCUGGUUCCAAUCUGUAUGUGUGCUUCGUUUUCCAAUGUGCCAGUGAGUCUUUGGUGGAUGAGGUGAUGCUGACCCUGAAGCAGGCCUUCACUACAGCAGCAGCCUUACAAAGCAACAAGACCCCGAUCCAGCUAUGUGAAGCAUGCCCUAUGCAUGACCUACACAAGCUCUGUGAGCGCAUUGAAGGUCUCUAUCCACCCAGAGCAAAGCUAGCCAUCCAAAAAUAUCUCUCCCAGCUGACUGACAAUGAGCAGGCGGAGACUUUCGAGCGAGUUCAGAGAUUGAAACCAGCGUCAGACCAAGAAGAGAAUGAGCUGGUGCUUCUCCAUGUUAGACAGCUGUGUGAAAGCAAACAGAAGUCCCACCUCCACAUUGGAGAGGCUCCUCAGAAUGCAGCCACCAGCCCAGCAGCAACAGACGGUGCAGCCACCAGCAGUCGCUUCAAACUUGAUAUUCUCAAGAAUAAAGCACGCACCUCCCUCACCAGCUCUCUGGAGAAUAUCUUUGCAAGGGGGGCCAGCCGGAUGCGGGGCCGCUUAGGAAGCAUGGGAAGCAUGAGCAGUUUUGAAAGACAGGAUGAGGAAUCUCCCAAUCACUCCCCUCCAAAUUCCCCUCCUGCUUUUAGUGACGAUGACCCGGAAGCUGGCCCACAGUUCCGUCGGCGUGCUCACACCUUCAGCCAUCCACCUGUGAAGAAACGCAUCUCCUUCGAGGGUCAGCCUGCCAAACAGGCUCCUCUACGCAGACAACAGUCUGUUAACUCAGAACUGCUGGGGAGCAGUCCUGUGGCUGUCUCGAGAACGCGCAGUGUUUCGGAGAGCGAGUCCUCCUUCAGCCUCCCCUCCUCCUUCUCUGCCCAAAGUUUCCUGAAAACCUUUUACCAGGGCUCACUGGGUUCCCUGAGCUCCCUGGCAGACAGUGGGAGCCUCAAGAGCAAUGGGGAAGGCAGGAAAAGGACCCUGUCUACCUGCAGCAGUGACUCUGUGAGUGGAGGUCCACCCCCAACCCCACGCAGGGUCUCCUGGAGACAGAAGAUCUUCCUGAGGGUCGCUUCGCCCAUGAACAAGCCUUCUGCAUCCAUGCAGCACCCAGAGCACUCUGAUGCCCGGGAGCUGUUGCCUCUCUCUCCUCGUGCAAGUCUGGAUGCGUUGGGGCACCUGCUGCCCUCGACAGGUGACCACCUGUCUGGGGAGAGGCCCAAGAGGACGGCGACUGAGUACCGGGCACUAUGGAAAAAUGCCAUCCGUCAGCAGAUCCUCCUACUGCGCAUGGAAAAGGAGAACCAGAGGCUGGAGGAAGCGAGCCGGGAUGAGCUACACAUUCGCAAGAUGAAGCUGAACUACCAGGAAGUGGGCCAGUGCUCCAAAGAUACGCAGGCAUUGUGGGAGAGAAAACUGACAGCCCCAGGCAGAACGACAGUCCCACAAGACCAGGAGGAGAUGUACCGUGCACUCUGCCAAGGUGUUCCCAAAAGCAGGCGUGGGGAGGUCUGGUUGCUGCUUUCCCAUCAGCACCGGCUGUGUCACAGACUGCCCCCCCGUCAGCACGUCCCGGACACCCCCUACCAAGAUCUGCUGAAGCAACUCACCGCACAGCAGCAUGCUAUUCUGGUGGAUCUAGGCCGGACCUUCCCCACCCACCAGUACUUCUCAGCUCAGCUGGGCGCCGGGCAGCUUUCCCUCUACAACCUCCUGAAAGCCUACUCUCUGCUGGAUACAGAGGUCGGCUACUGCCAGGGUAUCAGCUUUGUGGCUGGUGUGCUGCUGCUCCACAUGAGCGAAGAUCAGGCCUUUGACAUGCUGAAGUUCUUCAUGUAUGACCUCGGCAUCAGACGCCAGUACAGACCAGACAUGGUUUCCCUGCAGGUUCAGAUGUACCAGCUCUCUAGGCUGUUACACGACUACCACCGAGAGUUGUACAAUCACUUCGAGGAACACGAGAUCUGCCCGAGCCUCUAUGCUGCACCGUGGUUCCUCACUCUCUUCGCCUCUCAGUUCCCCCUUGGCUUUGUGUCGCGUAUCUUUGACUUUAUAUUUGUCCAGGGGACUGAAGUAAUCUUCAAAGUGGCCCUCUGUCUGCUGAGCAGCCAUGAGGGAGAGAUAGUGGAGUGUGACACCUUUGAAAGCAUUGUGGACUAUCUUAAAACUACACUCCCAACCCUUAGUCAGACACAGAUGGAACAGACCAUUGCAAAGGUAAUGGAGAUGGACAUCUCCAAGCAGCUGCAUGCGUACGAGGUUGAGUACCAUGUCCUGCAGGAUGAGAUGUUAGAUGCUGGGCCUCUGCCUGAUGACUCUGACCGGCUGGAUAAACUAGAGAAGACAAAUGCACAGUUGAAGAAACAGAAUAUGGACCUGUUGGAAAAACUUCAGGCUGCACGGCAGAAGAUUCAGACGCUGGAGACAAGCGUGGAGAACUUCCUUUCUCGGGAGAGCAAAAUGAAGCACAUGAUUCGCUCUCUGGAGCAAGAGAGGGCAGCUUACCAGAAGACCAUUGAACGCAUGCGCUCGUGCCUUCCCCCUGACGCCCUGACAGAUGUGGAGAUGACCCAGAUCAAAACAGGACCCAACGGGAAAGCCAAAACUGCAGCCAAGAAGCCCUGAUGGCAACCAAAGGGGCUGGCUGCACUGGGCAGCCGCACAGGCAGAGACUGAAGUGAGCAAAUGCGGUCUGCCUUAGAGAGAGGCUGCUAUUGUUGUACUGCUGCACAAAAGUGGCAGGGUUUUGUAAAUGUGUGAUGUCUGGACGUGCAGACUGUAUGGGAAAUAUCUACGUGAUGUUUGUCAGCAGAUGAUGGAGUGGUGGGAGGAUGGUUUCAUUUAUAUUAGCACCAGACAUCAAAGCCACUGCUCUGUCUCAUCUGUUAUACUGCCAGUUUGAAGGUGAGAUCAAGAUGCACAACAUCCUUCCCUUUUCAGCUCUUUUGGUAAUCACAGGGGAAUUUUUAAAAGUGACACAUGUGAAAUGUGUCUGCCGCUUCAAAUCUUUUUGAGCACUGCCUUGAUGUAUUUACAACCUCCCUCAGUAGCACCACAUUAGCAGUGAACAGAAGAUGCCAGUUGGCAAACAAUCCUUUGGACCUCAGGGUCAACUUAUAGCCAUUACCAGUGUACCAAUUCUUGAGUUGAUACCUUUUUAUUGUUGAUGAACUGUGUCUGUGAUGGAAACUUGGCCUCAGGCUAAUCACAUCGCUUUGUAAUUUCCUUUUAAUUCACUUGAAGAUUUUGUGAAUGUAAUCUCCCUCCAAAGAUCAUUGUGAUAGCAUUGUUUGUCAGAACAGAGACGUCUGCCAUGUUAGACUUUAAAUUUCAGCAGACAUACAGUAUAGUGUCUUGCUGAACAUGUCUCAGUGCCGCACCACUGCCUUCAUGUGAAAGAUCUUUAGUGCUUGCACUCACUGCCGCUUUGAAGGAGGAAGUGUUUCUUCCAAAGCUCAGGCAGGAUGUGAGGUCGUCUGCCUUCUCGGUUUCCUGUGUGACUGACCGCGGUGUCGCCUCAUUUUAGCACCAUGAUACAAAGGCAGAGCUCAUGCUCCCCAAAAGAUGAAGAUGGAGCAGCAAUCUGAAUGUAUAUCACAUGCUUCUGUUUUUGUCAACCAAAUCUGUAAUGCUGAGGUUUGACAAAAAUAGAAUUCUUUCCUCCUCCUGUAGUUCCUUAAUGUGGGACUAUGAGCAGCUAGGGUUGUAUGGCUCCAGAUUUCAUGAUAACAUACACAUGACAUAUCUGCAGCUGCAUUGCUGUCAGUCAAUUUUUAUGUUUGCAGUGUUUCAGUCUGUGCAGACACAAGGAAAUACUGUAAGAACUUAAAAGACACUUCAGUUUCCUCUUUGAGUGGGGCUAAAUCUGUCUUGAUUUGUGGUAAUACACAUACAGUUUCAUUCAGAAAGUAUACCCUGUCAACCCUUUCAAUUUUUUUCUUUUAACAUUUUAUGUCUCAGUCUAAUGUUAAAAUCAUUUCAAUUACCCCCCUCCCCCCAUGUACAUUUAGUACCCCAUAAUGACAAAGUGAAAUUCUUUUUGCAAAUGUAUCAAAAAGGAAACUGUGAAAUAUGUCAUUGACAUAAGUAUACAGACCCUUUACUUAGUACUUAGUUGAAGUACCUUUGGCUACGGUUACAGCUUCAAGUCUUCUUUGGUAUGAUGCGACAAGCUUUGCACACAUGGAUUUGGAGAUUUUCUACUAUUCUCCUCUGCAGAUCCUCUCAAGCUGUGCCAUGUUGCAUGGGGACAGUCGAUGGCCAGCCGUUUUCAGAUCAGUUGCGUGAUGGUUUUUUCCUUCUGGAGGUUUCUCCCAUCUUCACACAGGAUCUCUGGGGCUUAGCCAGAGAGACCACUGAGUUCUUGGCCACCUCUCUUACCAAGGCUCUUAUUCUCCCCGUAUUGCUCAGCUUUAGGAAGUGUCCAGAUUGUUCCAAACUUCUUCCAUUUAAGAAUUAUGGAGACCACUGUGCUCUUGGGAACCUUCAAUGCAGCAGAACAUUUUUGUAGGCUUCCCAGGUUCUGUUUCGACACAAUCCUGUCUCUGAGCACUGCAGGGAGUUCAUUCAACCUCAUGGCUUGGUUUUUGCUCUGAUAUGCAUCGUCAGCUGUGAGACAUUAUAUGGACAGGUCUGUGCCUUUUUUAAAUCCGGUCCAAUCAUUUAAAUUUACCUCAGGUGGACAGUAAUCAAGGCGUAGAAAGGUGACCUGAGCUAAAUUUCAGUCAACAGAGAGAGAUAUUUCUUUUUUCCCCCUUUUAAUACAUUUGCAGAAAUUUCUAGAAUUCUGUAGCAUAGCUUCGUUGCUAUGAGGUACUGAGUGUAGAUUGAUGGGGGGUGGGGGUGGAUCUGAGGAUAGGGCUGUAACAUAACCAAAUGUGAAAAGUGGAGGGGUUGCAAUACUUUCUGAAUGCACUGUACGUUCACACACAAACACAAGCUGUACAGUGAACUGGAUGACUGUAUAGGCAGUCGGUUCAAAUGAGUUUAAAGAUGUCCCUGGUUCUCCUCUGUUUUGUUCAAAUCUCACCUCCAUGUCUGACUCACCAAUUCCAGUUCUGAUUGAAAGGAAAGCAAUUCUGGACUCUGCUUUCACAAAAGACCCUCAUAUUAGAACCAAGGUGAUAUCUGUCAUGAAUAAAGUACUUACAUACUGCGUAUAUCAGUCUUGCUGUCCUUGGUGAUAGGUUGUGUUGAUACAUUCAUUUCUGUUUCAGUGUAAAGUUUUUAUUAAACUAGUUCGAGCAGACAUAUCCUUUGUUGAACCAAGCAAGAUGUUUCUGUGUAUUUGCAUGUACCCAGUGCACUUGCCUACUUUUGCUAAGUUACAGCAGCUAAUUCACAUAAUGUUUGAUGAGUUGAUAAAUCCAGCCUGAUGUUUUUCAGGAUAAAAUCUUGAGGUAAUGGAGGUGACGUUGUAAAAGUUUGCACCACAGAGUCCUACAGAGCUUUCCUGCUUGUAUUUUGCUUGUAUUUUGCUUAUCUACAGUGUUUGCGCAUCAUAGAAAUUGACCAUUGAACCAAAGUUGGUUGUUUGUUUUUCAAAAAUGAAUGAAUGAAACAUGAAUGAAGAAUGUUCGACCUGAUAAUCUGUUUGUAACUACACCUCUGUUUGCACUAAGACGACAACUUGAAAGGAUACCAAAUAUUGGCUGUCAAAACACACACACACAAAAUAUCAUUCUCAUCUUAUUAAUUUGUGCCAAAUGUUUAAGAUGGCCUUUAUUCUCCAUUAAUCGGAGAUAGAAGAUCAUUUUGUCAAUAUCUUAUGUGAACCACAUCCUCAUUGUGAGCAGAGGGUGUUUAUUUUACAUCGGGUGCUGACUACUAAAUAAUUCUUGUAUCACUGUGUUUUAAGGAAAUACAUGUAAUAAACAGUUUUUUUCUGUCAACAUGAGGGCUACACAGAGCAAAGAAACUGUCACAGAUUCUUCAAUAAACCUCACCUUGCCUUGU